AUGCGUGCCACCGAUUUUUCGCGAAAUCGUGGUGCCGUCUUCAUUGCCAGCAAUGGAGCAAACGGGCGAAACGAAAUUUUUGAAGAAUUUCGUCAAGGCCACAGCGGCGUGAACCAGCUGGGCGGGGUGUUCGUGAACGGGCGGCCGCUCCCCGACUCCACGCGCCAGAAGAUCGUGGAGCUGGCGCACAGCGGCGCGCGGCCCUGCGACAUCUCGCGCAUCCUGCAGGUGUCUAACGGCUGCGUGAGCAAGAUCCUGGGCCGCUACUACGAGACGGGCUCCAUCCGCCCGCGAGCCAUCGGCGGCAGCAAGCCGCGCGUGGCCACGCCCGAGGUGGUGGGGAAGAUCGCGCAGUACAAGCGGGAGUGCCCCUCCAUCUUCGCGUGGGAGAUCCGCGACCGUCUCCUCUCCGAGGGCGCCUGCACCAGCGACAACAUCCCCAGCGUGUCGUCCAUAAACCGCGUGCUGCGCAACCUGGCGAGCGAGAAGCAGCCCAUGGGAGCGGAGGGCGUCUACGACAAACUGCGCAUGCUCAACGGGCAGCAGCAGCAGCAGCCUGGGGCCGGCUGGGGAGCCCGGCCCGGGUGGUACCCGGGCGCGGCUCUCCCGGGACAGCAGGGGCCAGACGGGUGCGCGUCCCACGACGGGAGCCUGGACACGAGUUUGAGCAACUCGGCGAGCGACGACUCGGAGGACGCGCAGAUGCGGCUCCAGCUGAAGAGGAAGCUGCAGCGCAAUCGCACCUCGUUCACCCAGGAGCAGAUCGAGGCCCUCGAGAAAGAGUUCGAGCGGACUCACUACCCGGACGUGUUCGCGCGUGAGCGACUCGCAUCCAAGAUCGACCUCCCCGAGGCGCGCAUCCAGGUGUGGUUCAACCGUCGCGCCAAGUGGCGACGUGAGGAGAAGCUGCGGAACCAGAGGCGUCAGGCGAGCAACGCUCCGAGCCACAUUCCCAUCAACUCGAGCUUCUCCGCCACCGUCUAUCAGCCCAUCCCGCAGCCCACGGCACCUGGCAUGCACCCAGGUGCGAUGCUGGGUCGGACGGACAUGGGUCUGGGCAACUCGUACAGCGCCCUGCCACCUAUGCCCAGCUUCUCCAUGGCUAACAACCUGCCCAUGCAGGCGCCCAUGGGCAGCCAGGGCUACUCGUGCAUGCUCCCCACGAGCCCCGUGAGCGCGCGCAGCUACGACGGCUACACGCCGCCCCACGUGCAGAACCACGUGGGCAGCCAGAGCAUGGGCCCCGCGGGGUCCACAGGUCUCAUCUCGCCGGGGGUGUCAGUGCCCGUUCAAGUCCCGGGCAGCGAACCCGACCUGACGCAGUACUGGCACAGGCUGCAGUGAGGGCUGCCCGUGGCAGCAGCCUACCACCCCUGGCUCCUCCUACCUGUCUGCCUGCCUGUUUA